AAGUGUGGAAAUAAAUGUUCUCACCUCAGCUUCUGAGUCAGCCCUGUGGUCAGUGGACAGGGAGCACAUCUGUCCAUACACCUUUCUCAGCGCCAUUAAUGGUGCUCCACUCAGAAUGGAAUCAGGCACCCUUCAGGGACACAUUGUUGUUAGCUAGUUCUGUUUAUCUGGCAAUAAAGCAGAACUCAGGCAGGUAAAAUAAUGUCCAUCAUAAUGUAGCCAAGGUCACCAAACUGGGAAAGCAACAGAACGGAGAUUCCACCCCAGGGACCCUUUUCUCUCAAAAACACUGUUGAUUAUAGUAUCCUUUUCAAGACUGAACAUUUGUGCCACCCUUAGAAGAAGAGGAGGAAGACACUGCCCAGAAAAGCCAGAGGAAUGCAAACUGGUCUGGAAACAGGGUUCUGGUGGAGCAAUCCGAGCAGAAACAUAGUAACACAGAAUCUCACUAGGGGCAGAACAAGUAAUUUGAGGAGGGAGCCACAGAACAAAGACCGAAUGGAAAUUAGGGGAGAUUGAGGUCCAGGGUGAUUUUGUCCAUGGGGAUGAAGUAAGUGAACCCUGAAGAUGGGCAGAAAUAUAGGGCAACAGGAAGUGGAAAUACUGAGGCAAGCCCGGUAGCUUGUGGAGUGAACUAGGCUGUUGUCUACGUAAGGCCACUCCCUGUAUCUUUAGGUCCUCAUAUUGACCUUUGCCCCACCACACCUCAGCGAUGACAGACUAUGUGCCAGGAAAAGAUUGUCUGCUCUGAGCUAGCAGGCCCCUAAGGGGUACUGUGUCCCGGCUGAGUUCCAACCCAUUGCAGUGGCUGCUUCAGACUAGGUAGGUGUAAAAUUCUGGGUCUCAGCUCUUUAGUGGGGGUGAGCAGAGGGGUAAAUGAAAGAGAUGUUGUGUUUUCCCGUUUCCUGAAAGGUCCCAUAAUGAAUUUUUCCAAUCCAGGAAGCAACGUGCUUAGUCAAGGGAACAAUGGAUCAAAAUGGUCAUCAGCCAAGACAGGAGAGACCCAGCGUUCGCCUGGAAAAGCUGCAGCACUGGGCAAGACGCAGGCAGAGCGGACACCUGCUGGUGCUGGCGGUGAGCCAACUGUGGCUGGCAAUAGCCAUGGUACCCUUUACUAUCUCCCUUGCGUGCUUGAAGUCGGCUUGUCACAUGGCCACAGCAAUGCCACUUUGGCCUGGAGCCUCGGGUCUCCUCACUGGGCUUAUCACCCUCGAGCUGCGAAGAGCACCUCGUAUCUGGAAGGUGCGGGCCAUGAUGAUAUCCAACACACUCAACCUGCUCUUGGGAUUCAUUGUGGUGGUGACAGAGGUGAUGAAGACAGCCUUGGGGCCUGCCUCGACUGACCCCUCCCAGGUACUGGUGAAGAAGGACAAAGGUUCCAGGGAGGAGAAAGGGCAGAAGAAAACAGGGACUGUGCCCACGAACGCAUCCUCACCCUGCUACCUGCAGUUGACAGGGUUGCUGGUGCUAGAGCUCAGCGCUGAGGCCUUCACCCUAGCGGCAGUGCUGGUCUCAACAUACGCCCUGUUCUUGCUGAGCCAGAGGAAGCCGGGAUGCUUCAAGAAAUCAAGUCUGCACUACCAGGAGCUACAGGAGAAGCGACUGGAGCUCCCUUCACAAACAUGCCUGUGCCCAGGUCUUGAACUUUCCUCCAGCAUUCCAAAGUCCCAGUUCCUACAAUAAGGGCUUUGGGCACUGCUGCGGUCAGCCUCGGCCAAAGAAGCUUCUCUCUGCAGUGGGCAACCGUCGGAGGACUGAGAGUGAGCGACUGCUGAGUGCAUAGCCCUAAACGGGGCAUCCAUAUCCAUCCAGGCAAGACUCCGGGGAGUGUGGGGAAGGACCUGGAGGAUGGCAGGGAGUGCUGCGAGACGCCAUCUUCCUGACAUGACGGGACCUGACUUUCGAACUCGCUGUAGCUGUGGUUACGAGCAAAGGAUCAAGCCACCACCACCACUCAAGGUCCCAGCCAGUGAUACUGACUGAACUCACUGUGUUACAAAGCAAAACAAAAUACACCCCCUGAAAGGAGCGGAAGUAGGAGGGGGAUGUGCUGAGUGCUGUCCUUACAGGAGUUGGUGGUGGUUAUGAUCAUAUACUGUAAAAUUAUAUAUGCAAUAUUAUAUAGGAAAUUUUACAUAUGUGCAAUAUUAUAGGUGAAAUGUAUAAUAUAUUAAAUAUUAUAUAUGCAGUAUUAUCUAUAUGAAUUUUUCAAAUAAUAAGCAAAAGAUACAUAUUAAAGAUAAUCUCUUUGAAACAAAAAAAAAUCUUGUAAAAAUUCAACAUUUCUACCUAGAGAGAUGACUUAGCUGUUAAGGGCACACAGUGGUCUUCCAGAGGACCCAAGUUCAAGUAUAGCACUGACAACCACCUGUAACUGUGGCUCCAGGGAUUCUGACACCUUUUUCUGGUCUCCACAGAUACCUGUGUAUACACAUGACAUAAGUAAAAGACACAGAGACACAUAGGUAAAAAUAAAUCUUAAUGUUUAAAAAGAUAAAAAUCCACAUCUCUUCACAAUAAGAGUCCUAAAGAAACUAGGACGAGAAAGCUCACACUUCAUUGUAGCAAAGGUUGUGUUAUCACAGAGAUAGAA